GGCAGUUAGCUUAAGUUUAUUUUAACCUAAGGGUCUUAGUUACCAGGUCAUAAAAUCCCUUUAAAAAAAAGUUAAGUUCAUUUUAAAUAACGCUCUACAGGGCAGGUUGUGAGUGUUUUGUCUAUAUAUGUUAGAUGAUUUCAAGAAGUAAAGAAAUAAAAAAUAAAUGAAAUGUUAAGAAAUCCGAAGCUCGAAGAAUUCCAAAUGGACACCAAGCCGCCCCGAAAGAGUUUUCAACACAAAUUCAGUGAUUUUCUGCAUAAUGAUGAGACUGGUACUAUUUUAGGUCGCACUCCUGAAAGCUGGUCUAAGAUCUUGGUCUUCUAUACGAUAUUCUAUGCAGCACUCAUAGCUCUGUUUGCAAUCUGCAUGGUGACAUUCCUGCAACAGUUCAUUAACCCCCGAGUACCUCGUCUCCAACAGGAGUACAGUGUGAUUGGUACAAGUCCAGGCUUGGGCUUCCGACCCCUUCCCGCUGAUGUAAGGAGUACACUAAUAUAUUACAAGGGAACAGGAUAUGAAAGCUAUAAAUUUUGGGAAGACCAGCUGAUUGAUUUCUUGUCAGUAUACAAGAAGAAAGGGCAGACGGCAGGCACGGGUCAGAAUAUUUUCAACUGUGACUUUAGGAAUCCACCUCCCCCUGGCAAGGUCUGUGACGUAGACAUCCGAAGCUGGGAUCCUUGCAUUGAAGAGAAUCACUUCUCCUUCCACAAGUCUUCACCUUGCAUCUUCCUGAAGCUUAAUAGGAUCUACGGCUGGCGGCCCGAGUUCUUCGACGACCUGGCGAGCCUCCCGCGCGACAUGCCCGACGACCUGGUCUCCUACAUCACGAACGCCACCGCCAACAACCGGGACUAUGCCAACAUGGUGUGGGUGUCGUGCCAAGGCGAGACCCCGGCCGACAGGGAGAUGUUGGGCCCCAUCAGCUACCUGCCUUACCCUGGUUUCCCGGGAUAUUUCUAUCCCUACGAAAACGCGGAGGGAUAUUUGAGUCCGCUCGUGGCCAUACAUCUUCAAUCUCCUAAAACUGGCAUAAUACUGAACAUCGAGUGUCGCGCCUGGGCCAAGAACAUCAGGUACGACCGCCGGGAGAAGCUAGGGGUCGUUCACUUCGAGCUUAUGCUGGAGUAAUUUAGCCACAUCGAGCAGACCAAUCUCACUUGGGCCAUACUUAAGUCGGACUGAUCUUGCCGGUCUGGACUAAGGCCUUUUUCAAUAGAUAUUGUUUUAAAGAAACUGAAAAUAAAAACCUCGAAUCUCUGGUUUGAAUCUAGCGAUUAUUCAGCUUCAUAUGAAAAUGAAUUUUCUCUAUUCGGAUUUGUAUAAUCUAGUUGUAAUAUAGAAAAAGUGUGUCCGUCCAUUUAUAACUGAAUUUUAUACAAAUCAAUUGGAUUAGAAUUUAAGAAGAUACCGGGUGUAAGAAGAUCGGUCGUGAAACUGAAAUAGGAAUGAAUUACUGUCGUACACAGAGAUGAUGCAUUUACUAAAUCUAUACUAAUAUUAUAAACCUGAAGAGUUUGUUUGUUUGAACGCGCUAAUCUCAGGAACUACUGGUCCAAUGUGAAAAAUUAUUUUAGUGUUAGAUAGCUCAUUUAUUGAGGAAGGCUAUAGGCUAUAUAACAUCACGCUAAGACCAAUACAAGCGGAGCACCAAUAAAUAAUGUUUCAAAAUCGGGAUUUUUUUCCUUUUGAGAGUUUCCGCUGCGUGCGCUGCAGAAACGAUUAAAGUUUUGCUAAAAUAAUGUAUGACAGAAUUGUUUCCCUUCAAAAGAACUUAAAAAAAGUCCGCGACAGCAUAUGUCUAUGUUAUGCCGGCCACUGACCUUCACAUGCGCGCAAACAUUCGUACAAUGUACGAAUGUUUGCGCGCAUGUGAAGGGCCGUCAAACAUUCAUUCGCAAACCUAGCGGCUGUGCAAAUGAGUUCGCAUACUCAAUUUGCGAACCCGUUUGCGCUUCCUCCUGCACUUAUUUACGAAUGUCUCACCAAUUUCUCCUCCUUUUUAAUUCGUCAAUAGAAUAUUGAAGAGAAAAAGAGUUUUUAAUUCUUUCCGAGACAUCAUUUCAGCCAUGCUGUUUUUAUGGGAUUUCUUUUGAUGAAGAUACGCUACACAGUAGACGUCACGAACUAUGAAAAUGGCGUAUAGUAUACGUCCGUUACCUUCGCAAUCGUCGGCGCAACUGGGCAAACGAAUAUGUGGGAGACUACGCGAAGGUUCGCGGUUCGCACGCUUUGAGGUCUGUUAAAAAACCAACACAGCUUGGAAAACCACGAAUGUAGCGAAAACUUUGCAUAAUCAUUUGCAAAUGUCGUCCUACACUUGCGGGUUUGCGUAUUCGUGCGCAUGUGAGUGACCGGUGUUAAGGUUGGCUCACUAUAACGUUUUUUAUGCUGACCAAAUUUGUUCUAAAAUAAAGCAUUAUUGGUGAACUAAAUAAUCAUAAAUGUUCCCCGAAUUUUCUGGACGCGCAAUGUAAAGCGAAGCCGACAGUCGGCCGCCACCGCGCUCCGAGCACGCGGGACCCGCGCCGCGCUUGAUUAGGACGAAACACGAGCUAAUGCAUUUAUCGUUUGUUUUUUUAUUGCAUUUCGUAUUCGCUUUCAGGAACGAUCAUUGUACACCCCGUAUACAGUGCCUUUUGUGUGUUUUAAUCUUAAAUAAUUACUAAGACUCACUAGAACGAUAACUUAUAAAUUUAGAUUUAUUGCAUUUACAGAAAAAAUAGUCUUGUGAUUCAUAAAAAUUUUUUAAAAUUUAAUUAAAAUUGGAAAAAAAAAGAAAUUGUGCUAAAGGCCUUACUUCGUAUCUAGAAAUAUAUUCUGAUUUAUUAAUUUUAAGAAUAUUUUUUUGUAUAAUUGGCAUUUGUGGACUUGAUUCAAGAUAUCAAUCAUAUUAUUUAGUACAAUGUCGUAAUUUAACACGUAAAAUGUUCAUAACGUGUGGUGUAAAGAUAUCACUCACAUCACUCAAAUGUUAUCGAGUUCGACUCGCGCCGACGCAGCGCCCUCUUAAUUAUUAUAAAAUUAAUUAAUAGAAAAAAAAGUUCAAAACCACGGAGCAUCUAAAAUAUUCCUCAUUUACUGAAUUUUACAUUAAAUGUGGGUACUUGUUAAUUUUACGACAUUAAUAUUUGUUUUAGCUCCUCAAUACAAUUUUUUAGUGAUUCAUUUCAAAAAUCUUGAUUUCGUUCUGUGUCGUUUGACCGCGCGUGAAGAUGUAAGUAAUAGUAAUAGUUCGUGUUCAUUUUGUAACAAUUUUAGGGUGAUUACACAAGGCUGAGUUUUAUUUUUAUAUACAAAAUAGACAUUCCCACAAUUUAUUUUACUGUUAUAUUUUGUACUUAUUUGUGUUUUUUAAUGUUUUGUCACACUUACCUGUCUACAACGUGUAAGAGACAAUUAUUAAAUUUGAAACAGCAAUAGAUAAUAAACCGUUGUCUGUCUGUCAACAUCCGUGUGAGGACAUUGACCCGUUCGUCAGUUAUAAUAUUAUCAUUACGUUGUUUUCUUUAAAAAAAUAAUAGAAAAUUCGCUCGCGGUAUUAUUUUUAUUUUUUUAUUGCCCUUGUAGGCAGACGAGCAUACGGCCCAUCUGAUGGUGAGUGGUUACCGUCGCCCAUGGACAUCAGCAAUGCCAGGGGCAGAGCCAAGCCGCUGCCUACCGCUGGCGUUAUUGUGUCUUGUGUUAUUGUGUCAUGAUUUCGAAAAUUGAUAUGGACGAUAUUAUGUAUUUUUUUAACUGUGAAAGUACAGAGUGGCCCGACUCGGGUAAGUACCACCGUUCCACACAUUCCUGCUCUAUGGAUUGCCUACGUACUAUUUCCUGCCAAGCAGAAAUGAAUGAAUUUUUAAAACAAAAGUCUAAUCUCGAUAUUAAACAAUAUUGAAUCUCAAUUUUUUUCUUGUUAAUGGCAAUAUUUAUAUUAUUAUUAGGGUAAACGCAACCGUCCAUUGAAGACUAAAAUAAUGUAAGAUGUAAUGUUUUAGCGUUAGUAAUUACGUGAUACGUGUUGAUAAAUGUGUGUCUAAAAAUAUUAGGAAAAUAAAUUUGAAUUUAAAAAAAGA